GUCAUCAGUAUGUAAAAGGUAUCUAGAGCCCUGAGUACCCUAUAAAUUCCUGAAAAUCAAAGUCACAAAACUUGUAGAAAAAGGAGCAUGGAUCUUACUUUGCCCCUCACCUUAUUCCCAUAAAUAAGACAUGCCCCUUUCCAAGAGUGAAAUUCCUAAAUUCCUUCCUUUCUCUGACCCUUCCUUAAAUCUCAGAGAUCUCCUUUUUUCUCUCUCCUCAUUACAGUGUUUUCCUCCUUUUCCAAUGAGUCAUCAGCACAAACCCUUGGGAUCAUCCUGCCUCAGUCACCUGAGGAGGCAGCAAAUCUCUACAAUUUAUCAUGGCAGCCUCAUCUCACUCUACCUCUGCUUCCUAAUGGUUACAGAUUUUUUCUCAACACAGAUAUCCUACUAUUCAUCCAGAGCUAUCAGAGUUCCUGUGUGAUCUCCCCGCCCCCCCUAUGGACAAGGACAGAACCUGACCUGAAGGAGUUAGCAUGUCUAUUCCCCCUUCUCUGCAAUUAUAUUCCUCAGGUCCCUCCCCACAGGGAGCAUUCCAAGUCCAGGGGCCCCAUGACCCCUUGGUAGCCAUGCUGGGUGGUGAAGCAGAACUACCCUGCUUCCUCUCACCUCCUCAAAGUAUUAAAAAUAUGCAAAUAAGCUGGAACAGAUCCCUACCCUCCCGAGUGGUGCACCUCUAUGAGUAUGGGAGGGACAAGCCUGAGGAAGCCAUGAAGGAGUAUUUUAAGAGGACAAAGCUUGUGGAAAAUGUCAUGCAUAAGGGGAUCGUGGUCCUGAGAAUCCUCACUAUUCAACCCUCUGACAAUGGACAAUAUCACUGUGUGAUCCAAAAUGGCUCCUUCUACAGUGAUACAAUGAUUGAGCUUAAAGUGGCAGCUAUCGGCUCACAUCCUCAGUUCCAUGUGGAAGUCACUAAGUCUCGACAACUCCGAUUAGAGUGCAAGUCAGAGGGCUGGUUCCCUCAGCCAAAGGUCCAGUGGACGGACUCUGAGGGAGGAGAAAUUCCAGCUGAGUCUGAGACUCACACCCAGGACAAAGGUGGUUUGUUCCAUGUAACAACAUCACUGGUACUCAGAGAAACUUCUCAGAAGAAUCUGACAUGUUCUGUCUGGAACCCAGACCUGGAUCAGAAAAAGGAAGAACAAUUGUCCAUAGCAGUUGCUGAACCCAUCAGUACAACAGUCAAGUCCAUGACUAGGAGAGCGGGUAUAGCUUUGGCAGCAGUUCUGAUAACCCUGAGUUCUACUGGAUUUUAUUUGAACAUCAGACUCAAAAACCGGGCCAAAAACAGAAGCGGUAAACACCAGAACAACACCCACCAUGGCAUCUGCCAGGCCACCCCUCCCGUGACCAGUGAUUAUGCCACAGUCCCUGCCGACCACGUGGAGUUCUAUGCUGAGUCUAACUCCGAGGGUGCCAGUGCCAACGCCCCCGGGCCUUCCAUCCUGGCCUACACCUGUGUUGCUGCCACCAACCCUGACCAGGACGGUGCCAGCGCCCACGCACCCAGGACUGCCCCCGCCUCCGAGGAGGACCACAAUACCAGCCCUGACCAGGAUGGUGCCAGCGCAGACCCGCCUGGGGCUGCCCUCCACAAAGACGCCCCCAAGGCCACCAAUGCAAAACUUGACCCAGAAGCCGCCUGCACCUACUCGCCAGGGGCGGCCCCGGCUGAGGUCCAUGACACCAUCUCCUCCAGUGCCUCAAAAGCCUUUGAGGAGGUUCAGCUCGACUUCAAAUAUGACCCUAAGAAGAAGGCGGAACUCCAGGGCACUACAGAGAGAUUCACUGGCCUGUCCAUGGGUCCCUAUUUGCAGAAGGGUCCCGAGGGAAUUAUCCUGCGUGAACUCACAAAUAAGCUGCAGCCAGACUCAGUCUCCAGGAUCAACCACCCCAUGCAAAGCAGGCACCCGCUAGAAAAUCUCUCCAACUUCAACAAGGCCAUUGUCAGCCCUGUGAACCCCGGGGAGCAGUUCCAGCCCAAUGACCUGCUUGAGAGCCACAUGAGGCAGGGGCAGGUGUCUCCCCUGGCUCAGUCUCUGGCCGAGACCAAGGGGCUGCGUGGCAUGAACAUCGGCAUCAACUACAUGGAAAAGCAGGAGCGGAACAUAGAUGAUGCCACCUUGAGGGUGGGCCAGCACAUCAUGGGCCUCCGGGGGACCAAUAAGUGUGCCAGCCAGUCAGGCAUGAUGCCAUGUGGCAUGAGAAGGCACAUAUGUCUACCUCUGAAGGAUCAUGUCCUUCCACCCAUGGGCCAUGCAACCAUCUGCCUGCAAAGGGCGACAUUUGGGACCAGCAACAAUGAUAAGAAUUAG